AUGACCUCAACAGAAUCGUCUUCCACAUCAGAAUCAUCAAAUGAGAAUAUUCUGAAAGGUUGGUCUCCAUUGACAAGCCGACUGUUGAGUGGACAAGUCAACGACAAGAGCUGUGCCUGGGAUGUUCUCGACGGCAACUUUGGUGACCCAUUCGUCAAUGGGCUUUGGAAGGAGAUUGAAGGUGCCAAACUUGUGGAAAAGCUGGUACCCGCACGGACCAAAGGAGAAUCUUCCAUUUUGGCAAACAUGAUGCUUGCCAUGUCGUCAUCAAAUGAUCAUGGCACUAGUCAGCCACAGAAAACAGGAACGGUGCGAGGGGACAAGUCUCUCUUUCUCUCACGAGAAUAUCGAAAAAAGGCCGAAUUUGCUACGAAACAUCCUCACAUGCAUCAAUUGAUUACCACCAUUACCAAUACAAUCCUUCACAAGUUGGGCGAACGAAUAACGCUGGAUACGUCCAUGACGUCGGUGCAACUUGCCGUCUAUCCAGGUGACGGUACCUCGGGAUACACUCGACAUUGCGAUCGAGGUCAAACAUCGUGCAUGGCAGAAUCACAAUCAUCAUCAUCAUCUGCAUCCUCUCGUCAGGGACCAGCGUCACCACAAUCGCCACCAAAAGCAGCAGAAGCCGAACGAAUCAUUACGGCAAUUUACUAUCUGACCAAUGACGACUGGGAUCCAGUGCUCGAUGGAGGAUGUCUCCGAGUUUUUUCAAAUGGCAGCUUAGAUAAAACAGAUAUUUGUCCCUACCGAGAUCGCUUGAUCCUUUUUCGAUCCGAUGGCGUGGAGCACGAGGUAUUGCCCAGUUUGCGACGAUCACGGACGGCCAUUACCAUUUGGUUCUAUGGACAUCAUGAUAUACUACUUGGAGCAUCAAAUGGAACAAACUCCAAGCUAUCGAAUCAAGUGGAGACGAAAGACAUUGCUACAAAAGGCGAGGAUGCUUCUGCAAACAAAAGGCCAGUACCAGAGGAGGUAGUAUCCAACAUUCUACCACCAUUGCCAUUGGUCAAGAAAACUUCAGAGACAACUGAUUCUUCAUCUACUUGUUUGCCGUCCAUAUUCGUUUCCAUUGCUAGCUACCGCGACUCGGAAAUAUGCCCUACUCUAGAUUCACUCUUUUCCAAUGCUAGGCAUCCGGAUCGAAUCUUCGUGGGAGCAGUUCUUCAGAAUGAUGCCACCUACGACCAGGAAAAUGUUCGAAUGACACAAAAAUAUGUCAAUCAUUCCAAUGUUCGAUGUCUUGAACUGGCCGCCAAACAUGCCUUGGGGCCUUGCUAUGCCAGAAGUUUGGCCCAAUCUUUGCAUCGGGGCGAAACCUUUGUCUUGCAAAUUGAUUCGCACAUGCGCUUUCGUACCAAUUGGGACGACUAUCUCAUUGGUCUUUGGGAACAAACAACGAAUAAAGGCUGCCAUGAAAGAGUAGUAUUGACAGCAUAUCCUGUUGGAUAUGAACUGCCAAACAAGAUACCCAAUGAAGAAAGGGGAACUUUGUUGGUACCUUGGAAGUUUGACGAGAAUGGCAUGCUCCGACAACGAGGAAGGCUCUUGAAAAAGGAUAGUGGUAGUACUGAACAUCCUCCUCCAAGAGCGACCCCCUGCCAUUUGUAUGCAGCAGGCUUCAACUUUGGCCCAGCGUCCAUGAUCCAAGACGUGCCAUAUGACCCAAAGCUGGACUUUUUGUUCUUUGGAGAAGAGCUGAGCAUGGCCGUCCGGUUGUACACUCAUGGGUAUGAUUUGUACGCUCCGCCAGUAUCAGUGCUGUAUCAUCUUUGGAGUCGCGCUCAUCGCCCUACAUUGCAGUCUUCCCCAUCAAGUGUCGCCCCCGAGAAAAUCGAAGAAAAGAGGGAGGAGUCUCGCAAAAAAGUCCAGCAACAACUUUUGGGACAAGCGAGCGCUGGAAUAUACGGGCUUGGGGACAAGAGAAGUGCGGAAGAUUUUGCCAAAGCUCUUCACGUAGAUUUCCACAACUCGAUCGUCCACGAAGGAGCUUCUGACGGUGGCCUUUCCAACGACCGAUUUGUGAAUACUGCCGAUGCUGCUUCUCUCUUUGCAGAGGACAGUGUCGAGAGAAAGAUUGCCACCUUGGAUACCAAGACACAAGAACUCAUUAGUUUCUUCUUGAGUGGCAUGGAUUUAGACCAAACAAAGUAG